ACCACUGCCUCUAAAAUGAGUCUCUCUGGGGAGAGAGAGGAGGGGACCACUGCCUCUAAAAUGACUCAAGACACCAGUUCUAAGAGUGUCCAGAAGCCCAGAGCAGAGUCACCUGCCCCCAGCCUGCUAUCAAUGAAGAGUGAUCAGCCACCUGCUUUCAGCCAGGAACCAUUACCAGAUGACAAUAAGGAAGUGGAGAGUUUGGACAGUGAGGAUGCAUUAAAGAUCACACACAACCUUCUGGACAGAAGAAGUCAAACUCUUCUGACAGUCCAACAAGACAUUAAGGCUAAACUGAAACACAAGUAUCAACACAUAUCUGAAGGAAUUGGACACCAUGGAAACCAAAGUCUGUUAAAGGACAUCUACACAGAGCUCUACAUCACAGAGGGUGGAAGUGGAGGGGUCAAUAAUGAACAUGAGGUGAGACAGAUAGAGAUGGCAUCCAAGAAACAAACCACACAAGAGACACCAAUCAAAUGCAACGACAUCUUCAAGCCUUUAGCUGGACAAGACAAACCUAUCAGAACUGUGCUGACAAAAGGAAUCGCUGGCAUUGGAAAAACAGUCUCUGUGCAGAAGGUCAUCCUUGACUGGGCAGAGGGAAAAGCAAAUCAGGACGUUCAUUUCAUGUUUCCUCUUUCUUUCCGUGAUCUGAACCUGAAAAAGGACCAAUACAGUCUGAUGCAACUUCUUUCCCACUACUUCUCAGAGCUGAAAGAGAUUGACAACAUUGAAGAUGGUGAAACCAAAACUGUUUUCAUUUUUGAUGGUCUGGAUAAGUGUCGACUUCCUCUAGACUUCAAAAACAAUGAGAGGUGCUGUGAUGUCACGAAGCCAACCUCAGUGGACGUGCUGCUGACAAACCUCAUCAAGGGGAAUCUGCUUCCCUCUGCUCUCCUCUGGAUAACCUCACGGCCUGCAGCAGCCAAUCAGAUCCCUCCUGAGUGUGUUGACCAGGUGACAGAGGUACGAGGGUUCAAUGAUCCACAGAAGGAGGAGUACUUCAGGAAGAAAAUCACAGAUCAGAAUCUGGCCAAUGAAAUCAUCAAACACAUGAAGACAUCAAGGAGCCUCCACAUCAUGUGCCACAUGCCAGUCUUCUGUAGGAUAUCAGCCACUGUCCUUGAGAUGAUGCUGAAAGAGGCAGAGAAGGAUGAAGUCCCCAAAACUCUGACCCAGAUGUACUCAUACUUAACGCUCAUCCAAAUCAUUGUGAAGAACAAGAAGUACAACAAAGCCACAGAGACAAACCCAAAGGAACUGUCUCAGUCAGACAAAGAGAUGAUCCUGAAACUGGCAGAGCUGGCUUUCCAACAGCUGCAGAAGGGCAACCUGAUCUUCUAUGAGGAGGACCUGAGAGAGUGUGGCCUUGAUGUCACAGAGGCAUCAGAGUACUCAGCAUUGUGUACAGAGAUCUUUAAAGAAGAAUCUGGGCUGUACCAAGAGAAGGUCUACAGCUUUGUGCAUCUGAGCCUUCAGGAGUUUCUAGCAGCAGUGCAUGCUUUAGAAUCAUGUCUGGACAAGAAGGAAAAUGUUUUUUCCACCACUAGUGAGGAUGAAGAGGAGGAGUCAAUCCAGUUGUCUGACUUACACAGGAGAGCAGUGGACCAGGCCUUGAAGAGUGAGAAUGGACACCUGGACCUGUUCCUCUGCUUCCUUCUGGGCCUCUCACUGGAGUCCAAUCAGAAUCUGUUACGAGGCCUUCUGACACAGACAGGAAGUACAACACAGAGCAAUGAGGAAACAGUCAAGAGAACAGUCAGGUACCUUUCAGACAAGAUCAAAAGGGAAUCCUCACCAGAAAGGAUCAUCAACUUGUUCCACUGUCUGAAUGAACUUGGUGCCAACUCUCUAGUUGAAGACAUUCAAACCUCCCUGCGAUCAGGAACUCUUUCAGAAACAAUACUAAAACUUGACCAAUGUUCAGCCCUGGCCUACCUGUUACUGAUGUCAGAGGAGGUGCUGGAGGAGUUUGACCUGAAGACAUACACCACAUCAGAGGAAGGUUAUCAGAGGUUGCUGCCGGUAGUGAAAACCUGCAAGAGAGCACUACUGGAUCACUGUAAACUCACAUAUAAAUCCUGUGAGACUCUGGCCUCAGCUCUGCAGACACCAAACUCCCCCCUGAGAGAACUGGACCUCAGCUACAAUGACCUGGGAGACAGCGGAGUGGAGCUGCUCUGUGUUUCCCACCUGAAAGAGCUGGACCUGAGCUACAAUCACCCAGGAGACUCUGCAGGGGGACUGCUUUCAGCUGCUCUGGUGGAUCCCACAGAUAAACUGAUGAAGCUGAAUGUGGAUCAUGGUGGAGAGUUCAGGCUGAUAUCAGGGCUGAGGAAAUAUGCCUGUCAUCUCACCCUGGACCCAAAUACAGCAAACCCACACCUGAUACUGUCUGAGGGGAACAGGAAGGUGACACGGGUGGAGGAGAAGCAGCAUUAUGAAGACCAUCCAGACAGAUUUGACCGUUAUCCCCAAGUUCUCUGCAGAGAAGGCUUAUCUGGAUCUUGUUAUUACUGGGAGGUGGAGAGGGAUGGUGACUGGGCUCACAUUGGUGUAGCGUACAAAGGAAUGAAGAGGAAGGGAGAGAAGGAUGACAGUUGUAUUGGAUACAACAGGAAGUCCUGGUGUUUUUUCUACUAUGACAGUGGAUAUCACUUUUUCAUUGCUGGAGUCAACAGAUCCACCCCUGGUCCUGUUUCUGACAGAGUUGGAGUGUAUCUGGACUGGCCAGCUGGUACUUUGUCCUUCUAUAGCGUGUCCUCCUCUGGUACACUGACACACCUUUACACAGAACACACCACAUUCACUGAACCCCUCUAUCCUGGGUUUGUGGUUUCCUCCUCCUCAGUGACCCUGUGUCAGAUAGAUGACCAACACAUUCAAAGCAGAGACCAUGGUGGAGAGUGUUGUAUCAAGCCUGGACCUGAGAACACCAGAGACCAGAUAUGGAUUCCUCAGAGCUGUAAGACUUGUGACCAUGUUGAGGUAAGUCAUAAUGUCAAUUCUCACUUUUACAUACCUUCAGGAGUCAGGCACAGUCUGAAAGCCAGGUGUGUACUGACCAACCAUUCAUACUGGGAUAUAGACAGUCCUGUGUUCUGC